CGUUUUGUCCAUUUAUCCGCCUAUGUGAGCAUACUCAAUUUUUGCUUCCGGUUGUGAUUAGAAACUGAUUGAGCCUGGUCGACAUUGGGUGGGCUGGUAGAAAGUUGGCACAACACAACACUUCCGAUUUAGUGAAGGUUUUCGUUUCCGGUUUGUUUGUGGUUUUCCCCGGGUAACCAUCACGCCUAGUCGAAAACAAGUGCAGUGACUCUCCGGACAAUGGAAGAGUGGUACAUGGUGACACCACCCUCGGAUUUGGAAGAACGUCCUCCACUUCCUCCGCCGCCUCCUCCACUUCCGUUGGAACCUUCACCGGAAACCUGCGCCGCCGAUCCACCUCCAGGGUGCCCGUUUGCCAAACGACGGAAGAUAGAAUACGAGGAAGAUGGGCUUGAGGGAGCAGCAGACGUAGACGAUAAAGGGCAGCAAAGUCCGAAGCCUGAUUGCAUUCAAGAACUCGGAAACGGUACAACGACAGAUGAUUCCGAGAAACGGCCAGCUGCCGAUGCUCGGAAUGAAAAUUUGCGACAGUUUCAGGUUCUCGAUGAAAUUCAAGGAGAUAACUCCGAGGAGGAUGAGCCCGAAGAUUUCACUAACGAUGUCGAUAUUGAUGAAAAUUCGGAUAAUCAAUCCGGCGAGGAAGAUGGCAACGAAUCCGAUGAUGAUUUCGAGAUGGACUACGACGAGUUGGAAAACCUGCUAGAUGCCGGACUACCGGAAGACAUGAAAUCGAACGGACCCAAAGCGAAGGCCUACGAUGAACGUUUCCGGGAAGUGUUGGACGAGAAGGGUCGCAAUCACUUCGAAGUACUGCCAGAAGGUUGGGUUCAGGUGACUCACUGUAGCGGGAUGCCUAUAUUUCUGCACCGAAGUACCCGAGCAUGUUCCGUUUCACGGCCGUACUUUCUAGGGGCAGGGAGCGUGAGGAAGCAUGAAAUUCCUCUCAGUGCGAUUCCGUGUCUGAACUACCGUAAAGCCUUGCAGAAGGAGGAAGAGUUAUGUCGAGAAAUUGAGGCAAAUGCAGCAGCAGCGGCAGCUUCGGAGGAAGCGAAAAACUCCAACAACAAAGAGAACCAAGACUUGCAGCCAGAAAAACAAAUGCACAAUUCUCAGCUUAGUAAAAUGAUUGCCAGCGCUAAUAGUGCAUCCGAGGCACAGGCCAACGCCAAUAUGCUUCCACUCAAAGUCACUGCCCGAAUCGAAACGGUCAACGAAAACCUCAAAGCUCAAUCAUUGACGGCGACUGCCUUUCAAGAGUACUGUAAAAAGCUAUUUAAGUUCAAAACUUUACGAGUGAUGCGCUUCAAAUCUUGGGCUGCACGUAGAAAGCUAAACAAGAACAAAAAGCAUCUCAAAAACCUUCAAAGACCUACCCUACCAGACGGAACCAAACUUAUCACAUUCCCAGUAUUACCAAGUGAGGGUGAGAAAACUCCGGGAGGCAACUCGAGACCAAAGAAAGAAUGGAUCAUGAACCCGAACGGCAAAAGCUACGUGUGCAUUCUUCAUGAAUAUGUACAGCAUGCGCUCAGAAAGCAACCCAGCUACGAAUUCAAAGAACUAGAAAAUGCGGCCACACCUUAUUCGGCAACGGUAUCGAUCAACGAACUGAAAUACGGUACCGGAUACGGCACCAGCAAAAAACAAGCCAAAAGCGAAGCGGCUCGAGAAACGCUUGAAAUCCUCAUUCCCGAUAUGAAGGGCAAAAUCACGAGCAAAGAUGCCAAAAAAGAUAAAAACGGUGCAGCCGCAGACAACCAAGCGGAAGCGAGAAAUCUGUCGGUGUUUGAUGAAAUCAAAAUCGAAGAUCCUCGGGUGGCAGAAUUCUGUGCCAAAACCACUGAACCUUCACCGCAUGCUAUUUUGCAGACAUGUCUGCAGCGAAACUUUGGGCUCGGGGACAUUCAGAUCCAGUACGACGUUAAGGUGGGGAAGCAUCGGAAGAAUGAGUUCACUAUGACCGUGGGAAAGCACACGGCUACGGUGGGCUGUAAGAACAAACGAGACGGCAAGCAACGGGCGUCGCAGGCGAUUUUGCAGAUCCUACACCCGCACAUCAAAACCUGGGGCUCGCUACUGCGGCUGUAUGGCAACCAUUCGAUCAAAUCGUACAAGGAGAAGAAACAGGAGGAGCAGGAGAUCACCGUGUUGCAAAGUAAAGCCGCCGUCAACCAGCCAAACUAUGCGAUUCUCAGCAAGCUCCGGCUGGAGAUGUCAAAGCUGGAAGAACGCCAGAAAAACGUCCGGGUGAUCGGCACUUUCGUCCCGGACGUGGAACUUCCUACCGCUUCGGGGUCUAAUUUGAAGAAUGUGGACCUCUAGAAGGGACUCUUGCUUAAGAUAAACGUACUUUAUAUAUCCUCUCCCAGUUGGCCAGUGGUUCGGUUCUAGUUGUAAACAACAAUUUUAGAAACAAAAUAGAAAGUAGUUAGUAUUUUGGAAACUGGUUUAGUUUUCUUUAUUAUCAUAUAAUAAUUGCCACGUGUAUGUUUAAGUGUAAGUAUGUUUUCUUUAAGUUUUAUUUUAGUGAGUUAUGAAAAAUAUAUA